AUGCGGCUGGUCCGUAGUCAAUGGGUUCACGAAUAUGAUCCAACUAUCGAGGAUUCCUAUACCGUCACCCGCAACGUUGACGGCCAGCCCUACGUCCUUUCCAUUACCGAUACUGCUGGUCAGGAGGAGUACCGUGGGUUAUGGACUGCCUCGACCCUGAACUCGGACGCCUUCCUCCUGGUUUACGAUAUUACCAAGCCCUCGAGUCUGGAAACGCUGGAUCAUUUCAUGGACAUGAUCCAUCUGGAGGCGGAACAACGUGUCGAAGAUAACCAGCGACUGCGCGAAUUGGGAAAGAAGACUGGAGGUGUAGUGGAUGUAGGCCAACUGGGUCUGCCACCAGUUAAGAUUGUCGCGGGCAACAAAUGCGAUCUCAAGGAUGAUCGCGUGGUGACAUCCCGCGACGGACUCGUGUAUGCGCGCAAACACGGCUGCGGGUUUAUGGAGACCAGUGCUCGUGAGACGGUCAACAUUGAGGAGACCUUUGCCCAUUUAGUCCGUCGCGUUGUCGAAGCCCGACUCCAAAACCAACGGGGUGCGCUUCCUCCCCAGUGCGAACCAUUGCAUACCCUACCAGCCACUGCAGACGCAAUUGCAGACCCUUCCCGUCGAAGUCGCGCAUGGGAGUUUAUCAAACGGAAGACAACGGAACCAAACGGCCAACAAGGUCAGGAACAGAGUGAAAUUCAGCACGGAACCGAAAAGCAGGAACCAGGUCACAAGUGCUAUCAAGGGUGUUGCGUCUGUCAGCUCUGGUGUUUUCACUGA